AGCCUGCAGUCCGAAUAGGGCAAGUGUGAGGUGGCCAUGAGAAUGCUAUACAUCAUGGCAGACCAUCUGGAGUGUCUCAACUACACUUUGCACAGAAAUACGUCCUCAUCCUAGCUUCUUAUCCGUACAUCACAAAACCCAACCAAGGGAAUAUAACCUUGGUAUCACGCCAUCUUUGCAUCUCUUCCCCUCACUGCUUUCAAACCAAUGUUACAUUAUUUAUAUCAUGGGAUGCAUGAAAUCCAAGCACCGCGACCCCACUCAGAACUCCAGCUCAUCGGAGAAAGUGGAUGGCAAGCCAGGAAAGCAAGGAGAGAAAGCAGUUCUAGUUUUCUCAGAGAUCGGCUCAGUGGAGGACCCAGUACGGGUCAAUCCGGUGCUGCUGGACUAUGCCCAGAGACUCUCAGAGGAAAUUGUGGCCCGGGCAGUACAACAAUGGGCUGAGGUGGACAGUCGGUACAGUGACAUCCCCUACAUUGAGUGUGACGUGCCAUAACGUUUCAGCCAGAUGGAAUAAGAUUGGAUUGGUCUGGCUCUCCUUUAUGUAAAGGAGAGCU